GCCAGAAAAGCGGUCAGAUCCAGACGUUCGGAGACCAAUGAAGCGGGGCAGAAGGUGAAGACAUGAUCUCCUCGAGUCACUCAAUGGAUUGAGUCGAUGCCAUUUCCGUCCUGGAGAGCAGUAGUUUAUGUGGUACAAGGAAGGGGUGGCGCACAUGAAAUAUGUACGGUACUCCGUACUUUGUAGAGGAAGCUUUCUGAUGUGUAUGUAUGUAUAUAUGUAACUAAGAGAUGCGUCUCCAUGGAAGCUUUGUUUUCGGGAGGCACAGCCGAUGCAAGCAACGUGAGGUAUGGUUGCGCAGCGUUUGCUCUUAGGCCCUCGCGGCACGAAUUCUGUACGUCCGACCGUGUGGUGGCGUGCGUUACUGCACGUAUCCGUCCGAGAUGUGCGGAAGUAAAGUGUGAACCUGGACGAUACGCGGUUUCCAAUAUUCCCUCGCUGCAUUCGCUACACUUUGACUGUGGAGAGGAUCACGAUGAGGCUGCUUCGGUUGCUCAGAAUUCUCAGUCGAGGCCUUCCUUCGUCCCGGGCGCAACCUUCGUCAAAUUUACUUACUACUCCAAUCAAGUCCAACAAAACCCAGAACUGUCCAAUUACAGCGCAAUAUUCCAUCCCCCUCCAAGGGUUCCCACUCUAUCUUUCUUAAUCAAUAAAUCAACUAAUCAGAUGCCAACCUCUUUGCGGUCUGCAAAUUUCGUGAUAUGCGUUGCGUUGUAGUGCAAUGCUCCACUGUGCUCAAGGCCUACUAUCCGAGUACGAGAAUGCGGGCAUUUCUCUCAUCAGCUCCAUCCGAUGUUGGUCGCAAAUCAGCACUCGUCGAUGUGGUCGUCGUGCCCCAAC